AUGGUAAGCCAGUUUAUGCAUGCACCAGGUCAUGAACACUUGGAGGCAGUUUUCAGAAUCUUAAGAUACUUGAAGGGAUCACCUGGGAAGGGGCUUCUUUAUAAAACCGUGGGCACCUUCAGGGUGCAGCCAUCUUUUUCUGUUGCCGUCCUAAGAUGCUUCUGGAGUUCAAAGUAUCUCACUGUCCAGUUUGUUGUACUGAGCAAAGAUCUCUGCGCAUCUGAUUUGCAUCCAUGGCUGACAGUUCCUCAGUCAGCGAUGAUCAGAAUACGGAGGAGAUUGUGGUUCCCAAAGUCUCGCAGCCUCCAAGGCAGGAGCAGCGUGUCCUGUUCGGCGAAUCUCAUUAUGUGCCUCCAAGGCAGGAGCAACGAGUCCUGUUCGGUGACUCAUUCUGUCCAAAUCACCACUUUUCGACUCAAUGGGUCGAACUAUUUCCGGUGGUCCCAAUCUGUCCAGUUGUAUAUUCGUGGCAGAGGAAAACUUGGGUAUCUCACUGGUGAGAAACCCAUGCCAGAUAUUGCUGAUCCACAAUAUGCUGUUUGGGACGCUGAAAACUCCAUGGUGAUGACAUGGCUGGUAAACUCCAUGGAGGAGGACAUUAGCAGCAAUUACAUGUGUUAUUCCACAGCCAAAGAGCUAUGGGAUAGUGUCACGGAAAUGUAUUCAGAUCUUGAGAACAAAUCUCAGAUCUAUGAACUCACCUUGAAAGUCAGAGAAAUUCGGCAGGGAGGUAAUAACGUGACAAAAUACUUCCACUCUUUGAAGCGAGUUUGGCAGGAUCUAGAUCUCUUCAACACUUACAAGUGGAACUCUGCAGAGGAUGCCAAACACCAUCGACAGACCGUGGAAGAAGGUAGAAUAUUUCAGUUUCUUGCUGGUCUGAAUGAAGAGCUAGAUGAAGUUCGUGGCAGAAUCAUUGGGAGAGCAACCUUACCUUCAUUGGGUGAGGUCUUUGCUGAAGUUAGAAGAGAGGAAACUCGCAGAAGUGUGAUGAUGGGAAAGACCAAAACGGAUGCACCUCCUUCUGAGACCAAUGCUCUUGCUGUAGAAACUGCUGCCCUUAAGACUUCUACUAACCAGAAGAACUUCUCAAACCGCUGGUGUGAUCACUGCAACAGACCCGGUCAUACUCGGGAAAGUUGCUGGAAAAUUAUUGGGAGGCCAGCACAUCUAAAGGGUGGCAAGUCAGGUCCUAAAAAUAAAAAAUCUUUCCCUACAGCUCAUGAGGCAGAAAAGACUUCCUUGAAAAAGGAACAAGUUGAGGAACUCAUAAGGUUGUUAAAUUCUAAUUUUUUAUCUGGUACUCCUAGUGGUUCUGUGGCACAAACAGGUAAUUUUUCUACCCCUAGCUCCCUUAAUUGCACCUCAAAUAUUCAUGCACCAUGGAUCAUUGAUUCAGGUGCUUCAGAUCAUAUGACUAGCCUUUCUCCUUUAUUUAAAACCUAUUCUCCUUGUUCUGGAAAUGGAAAAAUUAGAAUUGCAGAUGGUUCUUUUUCCGCAAUUGCAGGGAAGGGGAAGAUUACCUUAUCCAAUAACAUUGACUUAGGAAAAGACCGGAUUUCGGGGAAGAUGAUUGGCAGUGCUAAGAUGAAAGAUGGACUUUACUACUUUGAGGAUACUUUCAGAAAUAAAGCAGCUCAGGGUCUUUGUGAAACUCAAUUUGACACAAAGAUCUCCAUUUUGAGGAGUGAUAAUGGAACUGAGUACUUCAAUCAAAAUCUAAAUGAGUUUCUGAAAAAUAAAGGCAUUCAGCAUCAAUCGACAUGUCCAAAUACUCCUCAACAAAAUGGCACCGCUGAAAGAAAAAAUAAACAUCUCCUUGAAGUAGCUCGUGCCAUUAUGUUUGAGAGUAAUGUUCCAAAGUAUUUGUGGGGAGAUGCUGUCCUAACAGCAGCCUAUCUUAUAAAUAGAAUGCCCACUCGUGUGUUGAAUUAUCGCACACCUUUGGAAAAUUUCAAAACCAUUUUUCCAGCAUGUCGAUUACAUACUGAUAUGCCUUUAAAGGUGUUUGGUUGUACAGUUUUUAUGCAUAAACCUUCCACAUCUCGGUCCAAACUAGACCCAAGGGCAGAAAAAUGCAUUUUUGUUGGUUAUUCUCCAAACCAAAAAGGAUAUAGAGUCUUUAAUCCUAUCACAAAGAAGCUUUGUGUUAGCAUGGAUGUUACCUUUCUUGAACAUCAACCUUUUUUUCAAAAAAAUUCCCUUCAGGGGUAG